AGUGUUGCUUUUUUCCCUGUUGCACGGGUAAACUGCAGUUCCGGGAGCAGCAGUUCUCUGUUUCUUCCUCGCUUUGAUGAAAACACUACUUGUACUACUCUAUUUUUUUGGAAAAUCGUAAACAAUCCUCAACCUCAAAGAAAGAACAUGUUGUCCUAUUUCAGCGCCGUAGAAGGUCCUAUGGGACCUACUUCUGCGAUGAAGAGAACCGCUUUCAUCCUGCUCGUCCUGGCGACGCAGCAGGAGGUCGCCAGAAGGAUGCUGGGCAACGGCGGCCAAGGUGCAAUUUUCUGUGUGGAGGCUUUCGUGGCCACGCCGAAGAACCUGCUGAAGCGGAAUGUCAAGACGGCCAAGGUGGCGCCGGCAGCGAUCAUGAACCAUGGUGCCGAGGGACGAGGAGAUCCACAAGCACAAGAGGCGAAGGAGAACAUUAAACCGGAGCCUUUCAUCGCACCAGCUGCUGCACCCGCUACCACGGCCACGGCAAGCGAUGUUGUUGAGAAAGAAAAGCAGAGCUUGCUGGCGAAAAACCGAAACACUGAAAAGAAACAGGCAGGUCAACACGAAAAUAUUAAACCAGGUGCACCGAAAAGUACGCUACUGCAGUUGCGGAAACAACAGAAAGUGGCAGCAGCUGGCGACUCCAGUAAAACCAGGAGCGAAUCUUCUGGGGUGUUACAACUACCGGAGGAGAAGGCGACGAAAAUUCCAGGUGGCGACGAGGACAACGACGUUGUAGCAGAUCAGCAUCAGACUGAACCGCAAAAAGUGCCAUCUUCUUCGGGUGAACAAGAUGUUGAAAACGAGGCUCAUGAUUAUGAAGACGACCACUCCACCCCGGGAAGUGAGAUGAGCGCUACAACAUCCUCGUCAUCCUCCAUGGUCGAGAGAAACUCGAAGGAAGAACAGGAACUCCAGGACAGCCGUCGGCGACGACGCGAUGGCAGACGGCGCGACGGGCGGCGGCGAGACGGGCGGCGUCGGUCUACUUCCACAGAGACGGCCAGCACUCCCACCGGGCGGCGCCGCCGCCGACGCAGCACGUCGGAGAGCAACACGAACGAGGAUUUCCACCCGAAAAAUUGCCCCUUUCUGACGCUGCAAAACGAAGUCCGGACGACAACGAACGAGUACGAAAUGGAAUGCAACGACGGGACGGUGCAAAACCCCCACUCUUCUUCCAAAGAACAGGAAGACUGGGCCAACGCGGACGCCUGCGUCUCGCACGGCGGCCGGGCGCGAUGCCCACUGGGACACGUAUGCAAUGUAAAUUUCCCGUACUUAAUACACGUAGAAAUGCGGUCCCUGCAUGACAAAACUUGGCUCCGGUCCUCGUUUAGCAUGACAAGUUUCACGCUUUAAAUUGGUGAAAUUUGUGAUGCAUCUUGUAUAUGUACGGGAAAUUUGUAUUGCAUAACACGGCAUGUGUGCGUACGACAACGACUGCGCGGGCGGAAAAGAUAUCCUGUGCAAAAGUAUCGCGCUCGUAGUAAUUGCGAUCAUGCAUGACAGAUAUCCCUUUUUGGGUAAAUCAGCAUUACAAAUUCCAUUUUUCUUCUUGAAAACAUUUGUGAUGCAAUUUAUACUAGUACGAUACUUUUGCAAUGCAUAAAAGACUUCUGCUGCAUGCUUCCAGCGGAGACAGGCUGCAACGAGGGACAUGGCGGGGUCCGGAAGUGUCCGGAAUAUCCAAGAAGAAAACGUUGCUAGUGGAAAUUUGUGAUGCGCAACAUGCAAGAUGAUUGCGUCUGUCAUGCUUGGCAUGCAUUGUAGGGCCCAUUACAGGGCGUUUUCGCAUACUAUCUGCGCAUGACAGGUUUUUGCUGUCAUGUCACCCAGAUUUGUAAUGCUGUUCCGCCAAAAAAGUUACACCUACAACGUUUUUUAUUGGAUACGGAAAUGAUGUCAUCUACUUCCGCGGCGGGCGGGGGCGCUACGAGUGACCAGGAAGACACUUCUGAUUAUGGCACGAACUCUGAUCUGCCCAGUGCUAACGGCGAGAGCAGCGACUACGGAAGUUCCUCGGAAUCGGACUAUAAUGAGGAUGAAUACGAGGAAACUCAAACGACAACUGCUAGCACUAGCACAACAACCUCUACGACUACGACCACCACAACUUCGAACCCAGCCUGUCCGUCGGAGAAAAAACUCCAGUGUCCCUGGCAGUGUCCCUGGGAUCCGCCGGUGCCCUUGGACACGAAUGAAAUGCUUUGCGGGGACAACACGGUCUGCAACGUCGGUCUCGAGGGCUGGAGCUGUUGCAAUGCCCACGGCGGCCGCAAGGUGUGCCCGAAUGGAUAUCAGAUGUGCGCCCAGAACUCCAAAUGCAAAACCGACUGCAGCACGGCCGGAGGAUUACGCGCGUGUGAGGAUAGUACCACCACACCUCCUCCCCCCGUAGUGCAGCAGUUUUCCGCUUCCGCCGCCGCACCGGCGCCGGUAGUUUCAACAUCUUCGAACGCAGUCGUACAACAAAACCGAAACAAUUUCGACGAUUCCCACAGCAAGUGCAAGAUUUUGUCGCAGCACCGCGCGAAAUCCGACAGCAUCAAUGUGGUUUUCCUGCCCUCCGGCUUCAGCAGCGGCGAAAUCUCGAAUGGGAGCUGGAAAAACCACGCAAAACGGAUUUACCGCGAGUUGACGAACCGCUAUCCAGGAAAAAAACUGUGUAAGUGUAACUUUGUAGGAAGAGCAGCAUCACAAAUUCGUUUUGCAUUACAGAAAAAACCUGUCAUGCGCAGAUUGUACGUGAAAACACGUACGAAACACGUCUAUGACGCACUUCCAGCAUGACAAGUGUAACUGAUUUGCGUUUUUUGCAUCACAGAUUUACACUUACACAGUUUUUUUUCUUGCAUAACCGCUACGCCAUGUUCAACGCCGACGAGAACGAGGGCUUGAACAUGUUUUACGUGAACGAAAAGGCAGCGGAAGACCACGGGCAGCUUAUAAAAUGUAAAAAUGUCUGGGUCUGGAAGAUUGCCAGGUUUCUCAUGCACAUUUUGCAUGACUCCUGAUGUCUGUGAUGCAUGCCCUAGCAUCACAGAUUUUGUGAGGGCUUCCUGAUGCCUAUACCGCAUGACAAAUGCUCUUGCCGUGUAGCAAAACUUGGACUCUCUUUGCUGCUCAUGCAAUACAGAUUUUUUUAGGAUCCAAAAUCAGCAUGACAAGUUGGAUUCUUCCAGACCCAGACACUUUUACAGUUGACACAGCUGUGCAAGGUGCAAUCCACGUUGCUGCUCUGCGAAGUCGAGGUGUUCCAAGCGGUCGCGCGCCACGAGUGCGGGCACGGCUUCUUGAUGAGCUACUUAUCAAAUGCAAAUAUGUUGUCUGGGUCUGGAAAGUUGAAACUUGUAAUGCUGGUCUUGCAUUCCUGUGGCUGUGAAAUCUGUAUUGCAUGACCAACAAAUGUGGCAGCCUCUCACGUCAUGAUACAAAAACGCAGUUUCUCAUGCGGAGUUCGUAUGAUAAAGCGUUGCGCAGACUUGUCAUGCUUUCCUGCAUGAGGAAGUUCUUUUCAUCAUGCACAUUUUAAGCAUCACAAAUUUCCAGACCCAGACAUAUUUGCACUUGAUGCUACUUGAUUGUCCACAACGACGCGGUUUCCUGGGCUGGGGCUGCUUACUCCUGGCUGUCCGCGGCGACCAUCACGUUGAUGGAUCAGGGCAUUGACGCCGCGGCGCACGAACUCAGCCACAGCAUGUUUGGUCUGGGCGACGAGUACGCGGCGCGGCAAUCCACGGCGACAAGAAAGCCCAACUGCGACCACGACAAGCAAGGCUGUCUGAACCGCAUCGCGGAUUUACGAGCGGUGUUUGGUGACGAGAAGGUGGGGACCUGCGUCUACGGCUACUGCGAGAACAACGCGUACUACAUCGCCAAGGAGUCCAUCAUGAUCUACAUCUCGCUGCAAGAGUUCGGGUACGCGAGCGAGAGAGUCGGGUGCUGCAAGUACUAUUUGGUGUUGGACGUCACGCCACCGUAUUGCGAGAUAUGCAGUGCAAAAGUACCAUUGUACUAGUACGAAUCGCCGUCGUGCAUGACAAAUCCAUCAACUAAGGGACAUCAGUAUUAUAAAUUUCAUUUUUGUUUCUUGAAUGAAAAAUUUGUGAUGCGAUCUAUAUUAUACUAGUACGAUGCUUUUGCAAUGCAUACGAGAAGUUCAACAGCAAUGGUUUGACGCCCUUGAGGGCGUUCUGCAAAGACCUUCAGCAACAGUACGAGGCCCACACCGAGGUCUGGAACUACGACAGCCAAACCAGCGCGCCCGCGGCUUUCGUGGAAAUGGGAAAGAAAGAGAACGAACACGAUGAAGUUCUGGAUAGUAGUACCGUUGAUGAAAAAAAUCCACAAAAGAAACUCCUCCUUCCACCGGCUGGUGCAGCAAGAAGCGCCGCCGCACAAGAAAAUGAAAAUCAAAUGCCGCGCCGGCGGAACGUCAGGAGAACCAGCACUAGACGAAGCAAAAUGACAGGCGAGGAAAACAACAGCUUCUCCCCCCUACACAAAGUUUCGUUCACGUCUUUCGCCGAAGUCGCGAACCGAGACUGUCGCUUUCCGAAUAUGAAUUGCAACAGUAUCGGACUAGUAUAACUUGCAAUACAAAUAAUUAGCUCAGCAUUACGAUCACAAAUAAUUGAAUUUGUAAUGCGGGUUCACCUUAACAACUAGAUUUGUCAUGCUUGACCGCAAUCAGAAGUUAGUACGAGUGCGGUACUUUUGCACAGGAUGCCGAAGCUGGAGCAGCACAUUUUAGAAGGUGACGACGAAGCCUUCUCGGAGCACGGCGCCGCCCAUGUUUUGGUAGAACAAGCGGUGGAAUGGGUGUGUAAGAUCUCUUCCGCUUCGGGUUCCGGUGGCGGGAACACCGAUCAGAAACCAAAAUGCUUCCAAGCGGCGAUUUCCGAGGAGAAUGAAGAGGGGAGCGCGGACUUGUGUGCGGGGAUGUUUCAGCGCAACGAGGUGCAUGGGGACGUAGAGGACACCAGUGGCGAAAACAAGCAGUGCACCGAGGAACAAGUCCAAAAAGACAAAUCCAUCGUGAAAGUUGACGUGUACAAGAAAAAGAACCCGACGAGCGGGAAUGCCGACAACAUGGGGAAAGAGAGCGCAACAUUUGACCGGAGUCUUUGUUUUUACAACUACGAUAUCGCGGAUCCCAUGCUAUCCAUUGCGGAAGUAUGUAUCUGGGUCUGGAUACAAAUUGGGAGAGUUGUUUGAUGUCGUGCACGUUUUACAUGACCCACGAGAAUGCCUAUAAUGCUGAUGCAUGCUCUAGUAGCAUAUUCACAGCUUUCGCGAGAGCUUGAUGAUGCUUAGUUUUCUGCAUGAGAAACAGAAAGAGAAAUGUCCUUUCCGGGCGGCGAUAUUGACCUGAGUACCUUUUGCUGCUCAUGCAAUACAGAACAAUGUAUGUUGAUCGAAGAGUAGCUGCAGAUCACACCAAAUCCAAUUCUUGCCAGACCCAGACACAUGAUUUGCAGUUGAUACAUUCCCCCGCGGGACAAAAACGACAAGGUCAGCUUGGAGGAGGUGCGCGUGCCGCGGAAGUCGUUUGCAGUGAUUUUGCAGUUCGGGGAAGUCAUCUUUGACUGACGUUGUAACCACACCAAGUACACCUACACACAGUAGGAGAAGAGGAAGCAAGCUUUAGCUUUGAUAACUUAUCGCGAGCGGUGGGAGGACAGCCAAACGGAAGUGUAACUCAUGUUGGUACUACUCACACAUCUUGUUUACCAUAUCUAAUCAUGAUCAUCUACAUAUUCGUUUUCGUUUCUGCAGAGUUUUUAAAUUUAAAAGUCACUCCGAAAUAAAGCAUACGCAUCCAUGAUCUUUCACAGUAGACGUAAUUCUCGAAGUGACUCGGUCACUUCUUAGUUGCACUUGCCGUCAAGGUUUUUUUGAUUUCAAACAAGUUUCGCGCCAGUUGGCUUUUCCGAAUUUAAAUAAACAGCGUUUUUCUUUUUUGUUUAUUCACCAAAUUUCUACAGACAAUUGCAUUCCUAUUUAAGUAGUACCUUCACAGCUACCCUUUACCGAAUGAAGGGGGUCUCCAUGAUAAACUUGCUUGCACUUUUGAACAUAUUUUUUUUUUCUACCCAGAGUAUUUUCUAAGCGGUUCCACCAGGGAAUGAAACCGUGGGGGCACUACCUCCCCUCAUGGUCGUGGUAGUGGAAUCAUAUUAGAUGACGCUCCCAACGAAGUAGACGAAGCAGUGGGCAUCCCUUGCUGCCUGGCGCAGAGGACGAGAUGGAGAUAUUGUCGAAGUUGUGCGUAUCCAUUCGUCCUGGAGCUGCAAGAUCAUUGGAGAACAAAUCUCAUUUUUACCCGCGUUUUUACACUACUUAAGUACGUUCAUUCCACCUCGCAUCCGCAUC